AUGCGGCGAUUGUGUUUUGGGGCGGUUUUACUCUGCCUCGUUGCGGGUGCUUAUUCUCAAGUAAUAACUUGUAAUGAUGUGAGUUUUGUUUUGGGACAGACUACGAUUACGCUUGGAGGCAAUUUAUCGAUAAGUCGAAAUGACGAGCAUUUUUGUAGUUAUACUAAUAUUAGAUACGCAACGCCGCCAAUUGGAGAUUUAAGAUUUCAUGAUCCUGUGGCUCUUCCAUCUCGUUUUCCUGCCGGUUUGCAAGCUCAACUCCCUGAGGCUUAUGGCCCUUACAUUUGCGUUCAAGAAUUUCAUACUGGAAUUGUCGGCGAUGAAGAUUGUUUAGUUUUAAAUGUUUUUACAAAAAGAACAUCAGCUAAUGCAGGACAAGUAAAUUUACCGGUGAUGGUUUGGAUCCACGGUGGAAUGUUUAAAACGGGUUCAGCAAACAGCGGUUUUCAUGAUCCACAAUAUUUAUUAUCCCAAAAUAUUAUCGUCGUGACCAUAAAUUAUCGUUUAAACGUUUUCGGAUUUUUAUCCUUCGAUAAUCCACAAUUUGGAAUCCCAGGAAACGCCGGUCUUAAAGAUCAAGUUUUAGCUUUAAGAUGGAUUCGCGAAAAUAUCCGUCACUUUGGUGGGAAUCCCGAACAAAUUACACUUUUUGGACAAGGAGCUGGAGCAACUUCGGCUCAUUUUCACGUAUUAUCGCCGAUGUCUUCAGGAUUAUUUCACAGGGUUAUUUUGCAAAGUGGUACUGCUCUUAAUCCGACCGUUGGUGGUUUAAGGGAUAAUGGAGUAAUGAUUGCACGUGAAUUAUCACUGAAUGCUACUAAUGUAGAAAGAAUGUUGGAAACUUUGAGAACUAUGUCAGCGGAACAUCUUUAUUUUGUACAAAAUAGAUUGUUAACGGAUGAACCAAUGGCUUUCGGUUCUAUUUUUGGUCCAGUCAUAGAAAGAAACAUAACCCAACAAUUUUUAGCCGAUGAUCCUUUUGACUUGAUCAGUAGAGGUGAAUACAAUGAUGUUCCUAUGAUGAUCGGUUACAACGACGCAGAAGGGAUAGCUUUUCAUUUGAUGCUACCAACAGAUCUUACAUUGAUAGUUCAAAACCAUUUGGCGAUUACCCAAGCUAACAGAUUAGCAACAGUUCGGCAACAAAUUCAAAAUUUUUACUUCCCCACCUUAAACAUGACCAACAAUGAAACUGGAAGAAUAUAUAUGUUUACGGAUGCAUGGUUUGGAUUUCCUGCUGUUAGAACUGCGGCUUUACAUGCUGGAGCAUCCGCUACAAAUAUUUAUUUGUAUAGAUUUUCUGGUGAUACCGCUUUAAAUGUGUUUAAAAGAAAUAGUAUUUGGACGCGUGAUUUUAUUGGUGCUAGUCAUGAAGAUGAUAUUGGAUAUUUGUUCCAUACAUCGUUAACACCCGAGAUAAUACCAAACACUUUGGAGUAUUCCGCUAUUGAUCGAAUGAUUACUAUUUGGACUAGUUUUGCAAUCAGCCCACAAGCUGUUCCGGGCGAUAACACAGUUAAUUUUGUAUGGACUCCAAUUGGACCUCCUACUCCUAAUACUUCAGCGAUUAUUAAUUACGCGGCGAUUAGUACUUUGGUUACAGCAAUGAGUGAAAACCCUGACCGGCAUAGAAUUGAUUUUUGGACGGAUAUUUACGACAGACAUUUUAGACGCAGCUCGGCCACGAUUGCUAAAGGAUUUAUUAUCUUAACUUUAACGUUAAGUCUUUUUAAUCUAGUCGUUUAA